AUCGUGAUAAGUGCGUUUCACAUUUUCAUCGUUUCCGGGCACUCUUUAUCUCCUUCCACCCCCGAUUGUCGUUGAGAUUUUGCACAAUAGUCGGAGUAAUAAUCGGAAUAACAAGAUGUCGUGGCAAACUUAUGUCGAUGAUCACUUGAUGUGCGAAAUCGAAUGCAACCACCUCACAGCCGCCGCCAUUAUCGGCCUCGACGGUAGCAUCUGGGCUCAGUCCUCCAACUUCCCUCAGGUCAAGCCAGAGGAAGUUACCUGUAUCAUAAAUGACUUCAAUGAACCUGGAUCACUUGCUCCAACUGGUUUAUACCUUGGUGGGACCAAAUAUAUGGUGAUACAAGGCGAAGCUGGAGCUGUUAUUCGAGGGAAAAAGGGAUCAGGAGGCGUUACAAUUAAGAAGACGGGAAUGGCUUUGAUCAUUGGCAUUUAUGAUGAACCAAUGACACCAGGUCAGUGCAACAUCAUUGUUGAAAGGCUUGGCGAUUAUCUCAUCGAUCAGGGCUUUUAAUUUGCUUUUGUUCUACAAAUUCUUUUUUUCCCCUUAAUUUGUGUGGUUUUCUUUUGGUAAUACUUUGUGAAUUCGUUUGUGUACAAUUUGUGGUUCACAUGUAUAUGGUUUGAUUCUUAUCGACUAGUGAACAUUUUUUUUUCUUGUUUUGUGUUUCAUAUUUGUGUAUAAGAAUGUUUUAUAAGCAUCGGUUAAAAUGAAGCUAAAA